UUGUGUGGUUCGAAACAAACUGAAUGAAAACUUAAGCCCUUUGGCUUGAACAUCAGCAAAGGAUUUCAUUAUUUUCCAGUAUAUGAAGCUUUUUUUAAAUGUUAUUUCGAAAAACUCUUGAAGGAUUUCAACCAUAUAGUUAAUUGCAUUUAAUUCUAAUGACAAAUAUUUGUGAACAAAAUAUUUGGAUAAUUUCUGAGUAGGAAAUCUGCAAGCCUUACAAACAGGAAGACUGAUCAUUCUUCACUGCCUCUUUUUACUGUUUGUGGCGCAGGAGAAAUUGUCACCAACAUCGAGUGCACGAAACUACCAUGAAGAAUUCAACUGAAAUACUGUUUGUUCUACAAGGACUGAAUGACACGAUGUCAAACAAACGCACAUACUUUGUUGUCACUUUUUUCGUUUAUCUUUUUACUAUUUUAGUGAACCUGACUUUGAUCGUGACUAUUAUUUUGGAGAAAACGCUCCAUGAGCCCAUGCUUAUAUUUCUGUGUAACUUGUGUGUAAAUGGGAUAUUUGGUGCCUGUACAUUUUAUCCAAAAAUAUUGGUGGACCUUUCAUCUGAAUUGAGUGUCACUCCGUAUAAAGCUUGUCUAGCUCAAAUAUUUGUAAUAUACACCAGUGUAUAUUGCGAGUUCAAUACGCUAGCAGUGAUGGCUUAUGACAGGUAUAUCGCGAUAUGCAAGCCACUCAAUUACCACUCCAUCAUUACGCCUCAGAAGGUUGUGAAACUGCUGCUUUUCACCUGGCUUUUUUCCAUCUGUGAAUCUGCUAUUGCCGUGGUCCUUGCAGCCAGACUGCCCCUGUGCGGAAACAGAAUUGAAAGGAUUUACUGCAUAGCCUGGGCUGUGUCAAAGCUGUCAUGUGUGGACACCACAAUCAACAACGUAUACGGCUACAUUAUCAUGAUUUUUCACUUUUCACAGGUAUUGCUGAUCUUGAUUUCCUAUGUCAAUAUCAUAAAAGCCUCUGUGCGAUCGGAGGAAGAUCAGAGUAAAUUCAUGCAGACCUGUUUGCCCCAUUUAAUCGCAGUGACCAGCUUCUUGAUCACAUUUCUUUUUGACCGCCUGUACGAUCGCUAUGGUCCCACCACUCGUCUGCACGCACUUCGUAAUAUCAUGUCCCUGGAGUACCUCAUUGUUCCACCGAUCCUGAAUCCCCUCAUCUAUGGCCUGAGACUGAACCAGAUCCGCCGGAGAAUCUUUAGAAUUUGCAGCCAGAAAAUACAUGCUCUAAAGUGAAUAUUGUGUCAAGUUUGCUGUCCAGGCAGGAAAUUAUAGUUUUUUGUUUUUUUUUUAAAUCUAAAUCACACACACACACAAACACACGCACACACACACUUGCGCACACAGAUUUUUGUAUAUUAAAUACACAAUGUGAUCUGAGCUGAUCAAAAAAUAAGAUCUUCUAUUUCGUGCAAGGGUGUUAUUUUUAAUUGUUAAAACAUGCCGACUGCAUUGGUGAUGCAUGCAUGCACAAUACACACCAAUCCGCGUCUCCGGUGGACCCAGUGCCACACAUACAUGUGCAGAUUUUUGUUUUAUUCAUGUGACACAUUUGCCUCCAAGUGGUCACAUUGACUAUA